AUGUAUGGACAGAAUUGUACUGCGAGAUGUGGAUCAUGUCUUAAUUACAUACAAUGUCAUCACAUCAAUGGGUCAUGUUCAGAAGGAUGUGAUGCUGGAUAUAAAGGAGAACUUUGUAAAAUUGAAUGUUCUACUGGAACUUUUGGCAAUAAGUGUAACCAGAACUGUAACGUCAACUGUGGGGUACCCAAUAGAUGCAUGAAAACAACAGGCGAAUGCGAAGGAGGAUGCCAGCCUGGUUGGGAAGGACUUCAUUGCAUUGACAAAUGCGCAGGUAGUAUGUAUGGAUUGAACUGUAGUCACUCGUGUGGCUUUUGUCGAGGCGCAUCAAAAUGCCAUCACAUCAAUGGUAGCUGCCUGAAUGGAUGCGCAAAAGGAUUCAAAGAAAUUAACUGCACUAAGCGUUGUAGUUCGGACACUUAUGGAUUUGACUGCUUGGAUAACUGUAGCAACAGUUGUAUAAAUAAUACGUGUGACCCUGUCACAGGAUAUUGUCCAAUGAUAAAGCGCACCACAGAUACUUAUGUAAUUAGUGCCUUUGGUUCAGUCAUCGGAGGGAUCUCUGGACUUGUGUUUGCCUGCAUCGCUGUAGCAAUUUUGAUUCUGGUCUUAAAAGGGUUAUUUUUAUUUAUUCCAUUUGUUUAA